AUGCUAACAGGAACCCGAGUUAAGACCCUGCACCCUGAGUUUCCAGUAACCCUUGGUCGCAGGCAUCUGCAGCCAAACAAUGGGCAUCAAUAUGGGAAUUUGCAGCGUUCCAUCCAUAGCCCACACUAUAGGGAUCCCCACUGUGGCUGCCAUUUUUAUACUGUUUGGAGAAAAGACUUGGAGAGAUUUGUAGCCCGAGUGGCUAACGUCUCUGUUGUACAGAAGUGGGUACCUGGCAGAGAGAAGUUGAAGAUGGCCGUUGUUUCAGCUCCACAUCUCACUCAAGGUGCACCCGUUUCUCUCUGCCCCUUCCCCUUGGAUGCUGCAUUUUGA